AUGCCGAUUCCAAAGUCCCCGCUAAAUCUUAUACCUCCAUCGAUCAAAUUGAGUACAUUUUCCAGUAACCUCAGAGCAGCCCAAAACAUAGUCCGUCCCUCCCCCACCACAAUCAGACUUGGCAAAAUCUACGGCCCACCCGUACCAGAUCUUGAUACAGACGGGCAAGCCAAGUGCGACUGGUGCUUCCAGACAAUCGAUCAAGCUAUAGUUAAGGAGGGCCAGUGGACUCCACGAGGAAUAGCUCAUUAUCAGAAAGAUCCGGAACCUUUCUCAUGCUUAUCAGAACUAUGUCUCGAAAAGGCUCCUAGCUUUCGCUCGCGCAAGGAUUGGGAUGCACACAUGUUUAAACACCAUAUUCACUGGCCCCAGUACAUACACCGUGGUAAGAUGUGGAUCUGCAGGAUAGGAUUACUCGGAAGUGCAGCACAUCGCGAAGGAGAAUCGGAUGCCUUCCAAUCCAAGUAUACACACGAGUCAGCUGCGUACUUUUCUUCGGCAAACCACUUCAUGAGUCAUGUAAAGACGAUGCACUACGAAGAGGGCCGCGCUCCCUGGAACGAUGCUGACCUUUCGGCCUUAUCUGGCGAAUGUGUGGUGGAAUUGAGCCUCGACGCAGCAGUCUGUCCAAUCUGUCACAUGGCACAAGAAGGACCGCAGAACAAGAGCUCGAAGUCUAUGCAUGAUCACAUUGCUGCCCAUUUGCAGGGAAUCAUGUUGUUAUCCGUAUCUCUGAUACAAGCGCUGCCUCGAGGCUCGGAAGAUGCAGAGAUUCCUGGUCACCCGACUAUAACUGUCGCUCACGCGGGCAUCUCUGAUAUCGAGGCGGCAGAGGCAGAUCGUGAUGAUCGAAUGGCUGAUCUUUCGUCCCUUUCGUCUACCUUCACCGAAUGUCGUCCGGUUUCGCCAGAUCUAGAUGCUAUACCUGCCGACCAAGAACCAUUGGACACCUUGUGGACAAACGUUAGAGUUAAAAUUCAGGAGGAUCGACCACUUGAGUCAAAUGAGACAGAUCUAUAUCUUUCACAGCUGGAAAAUGAUUUCGUUCACAUUCCUGAGGAUGAAUUCGAUGAAGGACCUGUAGAGCCACUUCAAACAGGCAUCCGCACGCGUACAAUGUUAGCCGCUGGCUCAACAAGGUCGCUAUUCCUGCCUUUAAGCGAACUCGAGAAUCUCGUGAACGACCGUAACAUUUUCGCAAUUCUAUGCCUCAUGAACAGGUCGAAAGACAUACGAGCCUUCAUUGAGGAGGAGAUAUUCGACGCCGAUUUACCAUUCGAGUUUAUAUCUGGACGCCGUGUACUACGAAGUCCCAAGAAAGGAAAGCCAGGAGUGCCCAUCAGACUGUUCAUGCAUUCCAAUGUUUGGGAUUAUCUGAGCCUGGACUUGUUCGAAGAUUACCAAAAUCGGUUCAUGGCCCCAUAUUUCAGGUUGAUGACACGGAAAAUUAGGCCGUAUAUUCUUCACCGCUGCGUUGUUCUACCAUUUCUGAGAAUUGAAGACAAAAAUGGAGCCUACAGCGUUGAGAUCGAGACACUGUUUUCCGUUGUGUCUCGCGUGGAGAUACACCCAGCACAUCAUGACUACCAGUCACCACAUGGCAGCUCAGACAAGAUGUAUUUUGCUGUAAAGCAAUUACAGAAGACCGAAACUUUGGAAUCCGCCCAAGCCAAUCGUGAAAUAAGAGCAUACAAGCGCGUGACCUCUAUACAUCACGCACAUAUUGUUCGGCUCCUCGCAAUAUAUGCGUACCUGGACAGGCUUCACAUGAUCUUUCCUUGGGCAGAUGGCAACUUGUAUCAAUUCUGGGAAAAGCACUUCCCCGACGCGUGUAGCUUACCGCGAAGUCAUUCGCUGGCAAAGUGGAUGGCUAAUCAAUUCUAUGGCCUUGCCGAUGGCCUCAGACGCAUUCACAAAUUGGAGGUCGACCCAUCUUUGGACGAGCUUCAACCGGAAGAUCAUAGAAGAACGCACGGCAGAUACGGCCACAUAAAACCAGAAAACAUUCUGUGGUUCAAAAGUCCCGGAAAAGAAUCUGCCAUGGAUCAGAUUGGCAAGCUCAUGAUAUCCGACCUGGGGUCGAGAGACUUUCAUGGUACAUUCUCAAAAGAUGUGGAGGUACAUGCAGCAGGAGGAUACACAAGUACUUACACAUCGCCCGAGUCUGAUUUCGAUAAACAAAUCACGCCAGAGUCUGACAUCUGGUCAUUCGGUUGUGUCCUCCUGGAAUUCGUCGUCUGGUACAUCCUGGGCUGGCAUGGAGUCCGAGAUUUUGCAGAACAACGGAAUGUAGACUCGAACACCAAGAUCCCAUCGGACCAGUUUUUCAAUUUCUUCGAGUAUAAGCAUGAUCUGAACGAGGCCAAGUUGAAGUCAUCUGUUUAUAGGUUGCGACGAACUCGUCGCUCAGUUGGACACUAUCAAGAAUUCGUGUGCUGGAAGUGA